CCGCCGAGCAGCACCGCGGCUCCGGGGCCGGGGCCGCCGCCGCGCACCCACCAAUGCGGGGGAUACUGGCGGGGAGGCAGCGGCUCCGCGGCAGCGGGGAGGGCAGGUGAACUCCGGGGAAGGAUGACCGGCGUCGCCGCGAUCCUCUUUUUCCUGCAGCUCUUGCCCAGGGCGGACGGACAGGUUUUCCCAGGUGGUUGUUCAUUCGAUGAGCACUACAGUAAUUGUGGCUAUAGCGUCGCCUUGGGAACCAAUGGAUUUACCUGGGAGCAGAUCAAUACCUGGGAGAAGCCCACAAUGGAUCCUGCUGUCCCAACUGGCUCCUUCAUGAUGGUGAACAGCUCAGGGCGGGCGUCAGGGCAGAAGGCUCACCUGCUGCUGCCCACGCUGAAGGAGAACGACACGCACUGCAUCGACUUCCACUAUUACCUGGCCAGCCGCGACCGCUCCAGCCCCGGCGCCCUCAACGUCUACGUCAAGGUCAACGGGGGCCCCCAGGGCAACCCCAUCUGGAACGUGUCAGGAGUGGUCACCGAGGGCUGGGUCAAGGCAGAGCUGGCCAUCAGCACCUUCUGGCCACAUUUCUAUCAGGUGAUAUUUGAAUCUGUCUCUUUGAAAGGACACCCUGGGUACAUCGCUGUGGAUGAAGUCAGAGUUCUCGCCCAUCCCUGCAGAAAAGCCCCGCAUUUCCUGCGGCUGCAGAACGUGGAGGUGAACGUGGGGCAGAACGCGACCUUCCAGUGCAUCGCCGGGGGAAAGUGGUCACAGCACGACAAGCUCUGGCUCCAGCAGUGGAACGGGAGGGACACAGCCCUGAUGGUGACUCGGGUGGUGAACCACCGGCGUUUCUCAGCCACGGUCAGCGUGGCCGACACGUCGCAGCGCAGCAUCAGCAAGUACCGCUGUGUGAUCCGCUCCGACGGCGGCUCCGGCGUCUCCAACUACGCCGAGCUCAUCGUCAAAGAGCCUCCGACGCCGAUCGCGCCUCCAGAGCUGCUGGCCGUGGGAGCCACGUACCUGUGGAUCAAACCCAACGCCAACUCCAUCAUCGGGGACGGGCCCAUCAUCCUCAAGGAGGUGGAGUACAGGACCACCACGGGCAACUGGGCAGAGACUCACAUCGUGGACUCUCCCAACUACAAGCUGUGGCACCUGGACCCCGACGUGGAGUAUGAGAUCCGAGUGCUGCUGACGCGCCCCGGGGAAGGGGGCACGGGGCCCCCCGGCCCCCCCCUCACCACCAGGACCAAGUGUGCAGACCCCGUGCACGGGCCGCAGAACGUGGAGGUGGUUGACAUCCGCUCGCGGCAGCUGACGCUGCAGUGGGAGCCCUUCGGCUACGCCGUGACGCGCUGCCACAGCUACAACCUCACCGUGCACUACCAGUACGUCUUCAACCAGCAGAAAUUCGAGGCAGAGGAGCUCAUCCAAACUUCUUCCCACUACACCCUGCGUGGGCUCAGGCCCUUCAUGACCAUCAGGCUGAGGUUGGCCCUUUCCAACCCUGAGGGCAAAAUGGAAAGUGAGGAGCUGGUGGUGCAGACUGAGGAGGAUGUUCCUGGACCGGUUCCCUUGGAGUCUAUCCAAGGAGGACCUUUUGAAGAGAAGAUCUACAUUCAGUGGAAGCCUCCAAAUGAGACAAACGGCAUCAUUACACUCUAUGAGAUCACCUACAAGGCUGUUGGCUCUCUGGAUCCCAGUGCCGACCUGUCCAGCCAGAGAGGGAAAGUCUUCAAGCUGCGCAAUGAAACCCAUCACCUUUUUGUGGGAUUGUACCCAGGCACCACCUAUUCAUUCACCAUCAAAGCCAGCACAGUCAAGGGCUUUGGGCCACCCAUCACCACCAGGAUUGCAACCAAGAUUUCAGCGCCAUCCAUGCCGGAGUACGACACGGACUCGCCGCUCAACGAGACUGACACCACCAUCACGGUCAUGCUGAAGCCUGCUCAGUCCCGGGGAGCACCUGUCAGUGUCUACCAGCUUGUUGUCAAGGAGGAGAAGCUGCAGAAAGCCCGGAGAGCUGCAGACAUCAUCGAGUGCUUCUCAGUGCCAGUGAGCUACAAGAAUGCCUCCACCCUGGACUCCCCACACUACUUUGCAGCUGAGCUGAAGCCCAUCAACCUUCCUGUCACACAGCCCUUCACUGUGGGCGACAACAAGACCUACAAUGGCUACUGGAAUGCUCCUCUCUCCCCCCUGAAAAGCUACAGCAUAUACUUCCAGGCUCUUAGCAAGGCCAAUGGAGAAACAAAAAUCAACUGUGUCCGACUGGCAACAAAAGCAGUGAUAGGUAGACAAGAGGUGACCACGCGAAACCCGCCCAGCCUCUUGAGCACAGGAGCUUCCACCCAGAAUUCCAAUGCAGUGGAACCUGAAAAGCAAGUUGACAGCACGGUGAAAAUGGCUGGAGUUAUAGCUGGGCUCCUGAUGUUUGUUAUCAUCCUCCUGGGAGCAAUGCUUACCAUCAAAAGAAGAAGAAAUGCAUAUUCCUACUCCUACUACUUGCAUUCAAGCCAAUGUUUUAGGGGCCUCUCUGUCUUCUACAGGACCAGGAAGCUAGCCAAGAAGCAGAAGGAGACUCAGACCAGCACGCAGAGGGAGAUGGGUCCUGUGGCUGCUUCUGACAAGACCUCCACCAAACUCAGUGCUGUUCACAAUGAAGAAGCUUUUUCUUCCAGCUGCCAAGAUGUUAAUGGAUUCACAUCACCCUCUCCUUGUUCAUUUUCUGUCCAAAGCAAAACCCUUCAGAGCAAAUCUAUGUUGAAUUCCUACUACUCAGUUUCCUCAGACACCGUCCCAUCGACCACGCUGUUAGACAGCAGCCACGGGGAGCUGGCGCAGCCCACGCUGACCAUCCAGACGCACCCGUACCGCGGCUGCGAGCCCGUGGAGAUGUCCUACCCCCGGGGACAGUUCCAGCCCGCCAUCCGAGUGGCUGACCUGCUGCAGCACAUCACCCAGAUGAAAAGGGGACAGGGCUACGGCUUCAAGGAGGAGUAUGAGGCACUCCCCGAGGGCCAGACGGCGUCCUGGGACACGGCCAAGGAAGACGAGAACCGCAACAAGAACAGAUAUGGAAACAUAAUCUCCUAUGAUCACUCAAGAGUGAGAUUGCAGCUGCUGGAUGGGGACCCUCACUCUGACUACAUCAACGCCAAUUACAUCGACGGGUACCAUCGGCCUCGCCAUUACAUUGCAACUCAAGGGCCGAUGCAGGAGACAGUGAAGGAUUUCUGGAGAAUGAUUUGGCAAGAAAACUCCGCGAGUGUUGUCAUGGUCACCAACCUGGUGGAGGUGGGCAGGGUGAAGUGUGUUCGAUACUGGCCAGAUGACACAGAAGUGUAUGGAGAUAUUAAAGUCACAUUAAUUGAGACAGAGCCAUUGGCAGAGUAUGUCAUACGUACCUUCACUGUCCAAAAGAAAGGCUACCACGAGAUCCGGGAGAUUCGGCAGUUCCACUUCACCAGCUGGCCGGACCACGGCGUGCCCUGCUACGCCACGGGGCUGCUGGGCUUCGUGCGCCAGGUGAAGUUCCUCAACCCCCCCGAGGCUGGGCCCAUCGUGGUGCACUGCAGUGCUGGGGCCGGGAGGACAGGGUGCUUUAUUGCCAUUGACAUCAUGCUGGACAUGGCAGAGAACGAGGGUGUGGUGGAUAUAUUCAACUGCGUGCGAGAGCUGCGCUCCCAAAGGGUCAAUUUGGUGCAGACAGAGGAGCAGUACGUGUUUGUCCAUGAUGCCAUUUUGGAGGCAUGUCUCUGUGGCAACACAGCCAUUCCAGUCUGUGAGUUCAGAUCCAUAUAUUACAACAUCAGCAGACUGGAUCCACAGACCAAUUCCAGCCAGAUAAAAGAUGAGUUUCAGACCCUGAACAUCGUGACGCCGCGGGUGCGGCCGGAGGACUGCAGCAUCGGGCUGCUGCCCCGCAACCACGACAAGAACCGCUGCAUGGACGUGCUGCCCCUGGACCGCUGCCUGCCCUUCCUCAUCUCCGUGGAUGGGGAGUCCAGCAACUACAUCAAUGCUGCCCUCAUGGAUAGCCACAAGCAACCUGCUGCCUUCAUUGUCACCCAGCACCCCUUGCCCAACACCAUCGCAGACUUCUGGAGGCUGGUGUUUGACUACAACUGCUCCUCCGUGGUGAUGCUCAAUGAGAUGGAUGCAGCUCAGCUCUGCAUGCAGUACUGGCCAGAGAAGACGUCCUGUUGUUAUGGCCCAAUCCAAGUGGAGUUUGUUUCAGCAGACAUUGAUGAGGAUAUCAUCAACCGGAUAUUCCGGAUUUGCAACAUGGCCAGGCCGCAGGACGGGUACCGCAUCGUGCAGCACCUGCAGUACAUCGGCUGGCCCGCCUACAGGGACACCCCUCCCUCCAAGCGCUCCCUGCUCAAGGUGGUCAGGAGGCUGGAGAAGUGGCAGGAGCAGUACGACGGCAGAGACGGGCGCACUGUGGUCCACUGCCUGAACGGCGGAGGGCGCAGCGGCACCUUCUGUGCCAUCUGCAGUGUGUGUGAAAUGAUCCAGCAGCAGAACAUCAUCGAUGUGUUCCACAUAGUGAAAACGCUACGGAAUAACAAAUCCAACAUGGUGGAGUCACUGGAACAGUAUAAAUUUGUAUACGAGGUUGCACUGGAAUACUUGAGUUCCUUUUAGCCCAGCAAAGGGAGGGGACCCCACGAUGUGCCAGACCCCCAGCUCUGGCGGAUGCUUCUCCCCUGUCCCACACUGGAAGGCAGUAACAAGUGUGGGAAGGAAAACUUCUCCUUCCUUCUCAGCAAGAGACUGAGGUUGCAGAGACCUCGCUGGAAGGAGGAGACGAUGCCUGUGUGUGCUGCUGCCUGCUUUCUAUUGGAACAUCUACUGCUUCUUAAAUAACUUACUGUAAAAAUUAGCAAAAUGGGAGACAGGCUGAAAGACUGGACUUUCUAAUCCCCUCUGACUUCUCUCCUCUUUUGGAUUGUGUUUUUGUUCUGCUUGCUGCAGAGUGGGGAAGGAAUGAAACCCUUAGGAAAUUCUCUUUUAAAUGUCUCCUUUUUAAUUUAUAAUUUUGUUCUCAAAUCCCAGCCUUUUAAUUUUUUAAUUUCAUGCAGCAGUCAUUUGGGAAAAAUGAGAUAGCCAUAGGGGAUACAUGAAAUGUUUCAUUAUAAUUUGUCUACCUUAUCUGUUUCCUUUUAUUUGUUUUUCCAAAUGAAAAGGCCAACACACACACACAAAGAAAAAAGAAAAAAAAAAAAAAGACUACACUGAAAUUCUCUUCCCAAAUGUAGUCCCUUUAAGCAUGAAAAUAGAUGGUGGAGAUGAGAAGCUGUUCAUGGAUUCACUGCCUCCACACAAAAAUUUCCUCCCAGUUUCUGCUCAACUCCCAGGGCUGUGCAUGACCCAGUUCCAUCCCUCUGCUCUGUGUCCUUUCACUGCUGGUGAAGCUGCUGAGGAGUUUCCCAGCCACCUGAACCUGAAGGUUAAAUAUUUGCAUCAAACAAAUGGCAUUUAUCUCACAACUUCAGUAACUUGGUAACCACAUUUCCCAAGUAUUAGCUGGGGUGCAGUGUGUCUCUGACAAACAGGGUAUGAAGUAGAAAUUAUUGCUCAAAUACUAGGUAGGACUAUAUUUUAUUUAUUAUUUGUAUUGUUGUAGAACUUAGGACCCCUAGUCACACCAGGAGCCUGCUGAACUAGGCACUGUGCAAGCAGACAGCCAAGAAAGUUUCUGCUCAGGAGUUUAAAGGCUGAAGGUUCUUAAAAUUGGUUUUGACAAGAUUUCCUCACUAUUUCCAGACCCUACAAGCUUCAGAAUUGUAACCCAUUGGAGCUGCAGGAAAGGUGAUGUACAUACACACAAACCUAUCCUGACACCUGUAAAGAGGAGUGUUAGCCCAGCACAGCAACUUGUCUUCUUAAGCAAAACAGCUUUUCUUUUAUUCUGCAAAAAUGCCUGUGCAAGUCUCCUUCUCUGAAACAAACACCAGAUGUGUUUUGCCACGGUUCUGGAUCUCAUUCUGACUUCUUAGCAGCUAAGAAAUUGCUUUUCUGAAAAAGUAUGUUUAAGUAGUUAAUCACUAAAGUCUGCAGGGUAAUCUUGGGGAAGAAAUAAUUGAAUGAACAAGACUUUACAAUAAUUAGUAUUUCAAUUUAGCCAUUUAUUUAUCUUGAGGGUGUGGGAUAUGAGGUUGCUCUGUGUGUAAAUUAGAUUCUGGGGUGUAGGGUUCUUCAAAUUCAGACUUGCUAAAAGAUAGACUGAAGGUAAGAGUUGAAGGAAACUCUAACUUUCUUAUCACCCUGUAGUUUUCCACCCUCAGGUAAAUCCUCAGAGGCUGCUGUGAACUCUGUCCUGCCCAUGACUGGCACAGAGCAUGCCAGAAAUUCAAAAUACUUUGCUAAUUCUAUGAAUUCAAAAGGCACCUCUGCUUCAUGGUCAUUCUUUCUUCAAUAGUCACACCCUCACCUUGACCAGGAGGGAUGGGAAUGAAAUCUGGCAAAAGCAGCUCUUGACUCAGACACAGCAGUACCCAACCAAACCAUUGCCAUGCACCAGGACCUGCACAGCCCAGGGAAGGAUGCUUGGAGUUUCAAUAGUACCCCUCGUGGUAAGCAAAGGAUGCUGAACCACCUGGGGUUUUUUUAAGGAGCUUUGGAUUCUUGGCUUUAAUAUCAUGAAGGUCUUAACUGAUCCUGAGCCGCCUUCUCACAGGAGCCUCUGUGCUGUUUCUGGUUGGUCCUUUCUGUUGCUUGCAAAAGAAAAAAAAACAAAAUCACCAAAUCAGUUUUAUUUCCAGUUGGGGCUGUUGAUGGGUGUCUGGCAUCACAAGGGACAGGCUACUGGUCUGAAUUGGGUUUUUUUUCUUUUUGCAACUGAACAACACAUUUCAGCAGGAAAAAACCCCAUAACUGUAAGGCAAAAUGAAACUAUGAGAUAUAAGUGAAAGAAAAGUAUAGUAUUGGUUUUGAUUACAGGUGGCUGGAUGGAACAGUGUAGGUCAGGUGUUGGGAGAGAAAAGGGAAGAGGGAAUUCUAAUCCCAGGAUGGGAUUUUUCAACAACUGCCCAGGUAUGAAGAAGCUACAAGUCAGCAAAGCAUUUUUUACUCUGCUGACUCCAGAAAGCCAAAGGGAACCAUUCCCUGUGGAUACAAUGGAAAUAUGAAUCAGCAUUAAUUAAUAUUUAGCAUUCAGUUAAUUUUACAUGGAAAGUAGCACAGUGACAGGUCUCCCUUGUGACUUUGGGGAGUGAAGCCAGCAGCGAGGGUGACAGCUGGGAUAAGGAACAGAGAGGUAAAGGAGUGCCAGUAUCACUGAGGUGUGAAGUGGAGGAGGCAAUUUAGGCUUAACUUCAGAGACAGUGGAUUGAAAUGCCAGAGUUAAGCCCACAGGAGGGGUGUGUGAGUGAGGGAAGGGAGUGUGGGAUGAGCAGAGCACAACAGCACUGGCAGGGCAGUGGUUUAGGGUCUGGAGGUAGGUUUGGAUGUGUUUUAUGGUAUGAAAAACACUCCUGAAGGGUCAGGUACCUGUAUCAGCUGGCCCACAGCAACUCACUGUGUCCCCAGCCCUCUGCAAAUGCCAAGUGAUGUUGGCACAAACUGCAGGGAAAGAUAUUUAAGCCAAAUUUUACAUUUUAUAGCAGUUCAAUGCAAAUAUUCGUUAGCACAGCCCAACUGUUAGUCACAGCUUAUUAUGUGGCCACUCAGCCAUGUGUCUGAACUUCCUAAUGUCCAGCCCAAAACCCAUAUGGAAAGAUGCUCAGCAGACACUGCAGAUUGUGUUGCCAAACUGUUAUAAAUUCCUGCAAUUAUGGUGCUUUUGGGGGACUGACCCAGCUCCAGUCUGUGUUGGCUCAGGGAUCUUCAUGCUGUUCCUCCCUGCACAGUGCAUAUAUGCCAAGUGUGAAUUAAUGAUGGAGGGAAUUGUGUGGAAAAGCCUACUUUAAAUCCCUUUAUUACCUUGAGGUUGUUGAAACCCUAGAGAACAGCCCAUAGUGAUGUAGGUAAUGUGUUUGAAGCAAGAUUAUGGGUGAUGGGUUUGUUUUCAUGGGGAAAGAAAGAAACUAUGAGAUGAGAUAAAGGAGGUUUUCUCACUCCUGGAAGGAUUAAUAGUGAGAUUUUCAGCCUAAGCAUUCCCUGCUGUGAAUGAAAAGCGAUAAUGUGCAGGAAAAAAAGGUGAAUUCUUCAGUGAUUGAAUUUUAGGCUGGAAAAACUAUCAUAUUGACAAUAUUUGAAUGGACAUAAUGAAGAUGAACUUAUUCCCAUGGAGACAUCCUUCAUAGGUGAGAGGGAGCUGUUUGUGAUAGCACAGAGUUGGUGUAAAGCUUGAUCUGAAAUAAAAGGAAGUAGAAGCAGGUGGUUCAGGGUCACUAUCUCAUAUAGGGGGUAACCAACAUCUUAAAUUAUUAAUGGAUGUAAUUGCAGCAAUGAAUUCCACUUUUAUUCUGGAGCUGUAAACUCUCUGGGAAAAAAAGAAAGUCCAAUAGCCACACAGACCCCACAGUAGUAGAUUUAGGCCUGUGGAUGCUAGACUGGCUUUUCCAUUUACUUUUCCCAGGCCCUUUAUCAGUAGUUUGUGGGAUUUCCCGUGGGAAUCUCAAGCCAGGGAUUUCUGGCCACUGCUCUUGGGGUGCUGUAGAGUGAUAGGAAGGAGAGGCUCCUGCAGCAGGUGGCUCAGGAGCAGUUAAACUCCUGAAGAGUUUCCAUCUGGAGGAGAAGGAAAGGAGGAGAAAUCUCCUUUGGGAGAAACCAAACAUUGGAGGAGAA